UUCAACUUUUACAAGAAAGAGUUUUAAAGUUUCUGUUGCUUCAGACAAUGGAUGAACAGUCACAAGGAAUGCAGGGCCCACCUAUUCCUCAGUUCCAGCCACAGAAGGCUUUACGACCUGAUAUGGGCUAUAAUACAUUAUCCAACUUUCGAAUAGAAAAGAAAAUUGGUCGCGGACAAUUUAGUGAAGUUUAUAGAGCAUCCUGUCUCUUGGAUGGAGUACCAGUAGCUUUAAAAAAAGUACAGGUAAGACAUUUUAAAAAACAAAAGAGGCUAAUUCCUGAAAGAACUGUUUGGAAGUACUUUGUUCAGCUUUGCAGUGCAUUGGAACACAUGCAUUCUCGAAGAGUUAUGCAUAGAGAUAUAAAACCAGCUAAUGUGUUCAUUACAGCCACUGGGGUGGUAAAGCUUGGAGAUCUUGGGCUUGGUCGGUUUUUCAGCUCCAAAACCACAGCUGCACAUUCUUUAGUGGGUACACCUUAUUAUAUGUCUCCAGAGAGAAUACAUGAAAAUGGAUACAACUUCAAAUCUGACAUCUGGUCUCUUGGCUGUCUACUGUAUGAGAUGGCUGCAUUACAGAGUCCUUUCUAUGGUGACAAAAUGAAUUUAUACUCACUGUGUAAGAAAAUAGAACAGUGCGACUACCCACCUCUUCCUUCAGAUCACUAUUCAGAGGAACUGCGACAGUUAGUUAACGUGUGCAUCAACCCGGAUCCAGAGAAGCGACCAGACAUCACCUAUGUUUAUGAUGUAGCUAAAAGGAUGCACGCAUGCACUGCAAGCAGCUAAACACACAGAACCAUGAAGAACACAACCAAAAUAAUUUAAAGUAUUUUGUGCAAAUCAUACCUCCCCGUUUUUGUCUGGGUGUUAAGAUUAAUAAUAUUUCAGAGCUAAUGUUCUUUAAAUCCUUAACCAGUUUUCAUAUAAGCUUCAUUUUGUACCAUUCUAAUCACCUUCUUGCAAACCCAAAAUGACUUCGGGAUCACCAAACUGCAUGUUAGCAAAGAAACCAGUUCAUGAUAGCAGUCGCCAAAGGUUUUCAGAUUUGGAGUUACUGUAUAUGCAAUACAUUUUCUGAUGAUAAAUUGUGCUUCGAGUGUCGGUGCCAAACAAUGAAGUUGCAUCCUGCAUACAUCAGGGUAGAUGUGAGACCUGAAUAUUUGCAGAGCCACCAAACAGGAUAGAGUUUUCCUCUCAAUUCUAAUUGCCUUAAGUUUAGGAAACUAGGUGUUUUCAUAAUUGUAUAUGAUCUUUUAUACUCAAAUCCCUCUGCCUUGAAGAUGUGUCUUUAGGAAUAAUUUAAACAUUCUAAAAACUUGCAAAUCUGAAUAUUUGAUUUGUUUGCUUUUUGUAGUCAUUCAUGGACAUCGAGAUAGUUUGAAGUGUAUUAGUUCUUAGGAUUAUUGCUCUCCGAUAUAAUUCUUAUAAGAAAUGUAAGCAUAAACUAGCUGAGAGACAUUUAAAUUCUUAGCUUAUACAUUCAAAAUGCAACUAUUAAAUGUGAAAAGAUUGGGGACAAAAUGUGAGUCAGGCACUGAAGAGUUUAUUUAAUAUCUUUGAUAUUCUAUUUACAGUAAGAUGGUAUAAAUGAAUCAGUUAUAAAGUGGUUAAGGGUUACUUUGGCUUGGGUGAUAGCUUUUAAAGUUGCACAUUGCUCAAGGCUCUUUGUGUGUUAUUAUUCUUUGUACAUUUGAAAAUUAUUCUUUGAAUAAUCUUGCAGUACUAUAUUUGUUUAUAAAUCUAAAUGCAUAUGUUUUUAUUGAAGAUUUUGUUAAAGUUCUGAUUGGUUCCCUUCAGAAAUUUUUUAUAGUCUUCAAGUUACUUUCUUAUUUAUAUUGUGUGUACAUUUUACCCUAUAAUGUUUCCAAUUCUCUGGGAACAUUUCCCUUUUAAAAGAUAGUAAUACUUUCUCCAAUUGAAAACAUUUUUUUAACUUUUUAAAAUUUGGGCCACCUAUAUGCAAGUAUAUGUUGUUAAGAGAGGAAGAAAGAAUGUGUGUUAUACUGUACCUGUGAAUGUUGAUAAAGUCUCAAUUCAAUUGACGUGGUUACAAUUUUAGAACAUAUUCAAGGAAAUGAAAACUGGCCAUUACUGGAGCCAGAAUUGUUAUGACAUUAACCUUUCUGUUGAGAAGCUUUUGAGGAAAGAACUUGUGUUUGUACAUGAAGAUGAGAGAUGGUAAUGCUUAAUUUAGUUUUAGGAAAUAGGCAGAGUUUAGUGAAUGCUGUUGUGGAGAUGCGGAGAUUCAUUUCUCUCAGACGUCUUCAUCUUAGUAGCAACCGGUUCCUUAUAGAACUGUGAAGCCAAAUGGCCGAGUGGCAGGCACUGUUAAAGGACUCUGCAUGCCACUAUAAAACCUUGGGGUGGAUUAUCCUGCCAACGAGAAAACCUCCUAUUCAGAGAGCACCUACCUUUAGCCAUAGAACUAGAUUUUUUUUUCAUCUUGUGUUUUUCUUAGAUCAUUUGAAUAUUUCAGGUCAGUUGUAAACUUUAGAAAUAUAAAGGGCAAAAGUACAAAAAUCUUCUAUUUUUCCAAAUGUAAUUGGUUGUGUAUGAUAUCUGAAGGGUAAUUUUAUUUUGGAAUAAGCAAAGGAAAAACCUGGUCGGUCAUUUUUAUGAGGGCUGAAUGCAUUGUAUUUCCUGGUCUAGUGACUCAUAACAUUUACACUAAUUGUCGAUAGAUUUUUCCCGAGAAGUGUGAGUAGAAUUGUUUCUAUUAACCACUAGUGUCGUGUUCACUUUAAUGUAAUAUAAUUGACUGCAGUGAAAUGUCUUGUGGUUAAAAGAUACUUUUCUUUUUCGUACAAUCUUUAGGAAUACAUGGACCUAAAAUUCAUUAACUUAACUUCAUCACAGUGACUUUUAAGAUUUAAAUAUUUCUUCUUAGUGUCUUAUUUACUAAAAAGAAAUAGCUGGAAAGAAUUUAAUGGUCAGUGAAAUUCAUUACUAUUUUCCAUGCAGGGAAAUUUUUUGUUCCAGAUAUUAUAAUUUUCCUGAAGACUCUGUAAAUCCAAAUUUAAUUUUUAAUGGGAUCAUUGCAAAGGAUUAUAGAGAUGAUUAGAGGUUCUAAUCUUCAUGAUCACCUAUAAAAUGCUAUCUUUAUAUUUCUGCUUAUAAGUAAAUUUUUUUAUAUUAAAAUGUUUCAAUUGUUUGGAGCAGUAAAAUGAGUGGUAUGUCUGAUUCUAAUCCUUAUUUAGGUGUUGGUACCAGUUGCCCAGGGAAAAUGUGGAGUAACUUUGUUUUGUAUGCUGAGGUUUAGGAAUAGUGAAUGAAGGGUAUCCCUAUGUAAAUUAAGUGCUCAACAAUGUGCAGUGAUUGUAAAUUUAGUAACAAUCAAUUCAUGAAUGCUGUACCUUUCUACAUUGUGUCUAUUACAAAACACCUCUCUUAUCCAUGUGUUCGGGUAUUGCUGUUGACAUUUACCAUGAUAUUUAUUUUAACCAAAAUGUUAUUCACAUUAAAUGUUUAUUCUUUAAAAUGAAUGUAUUGUUUAUAACAGAUGCAUAAUUUCAAUAGUACUGUAAUGAGUUUUGUGAAAUAUUUUAUUUUGUUAUGCUUUAAAUACACCAAAAUUCUGUUACUAGCUUUGAAAAUUGUACAAUAUCCUAAUAUAAAUAUAUAAAAAUAAAAAA